GAUAGCGACAUCACAUCAGGCAGGCUGCGUCAGCGGGUGGACGUAGCAUAAGUUGUUCCUUGUAAGGUGCAGUGUUUCAUAGCAAACGUCGCAGUUUAUCCAUGGUCAUCAAGCUCUAACUGCACGGUCAAGGUCUCAUUGAAGAAUUAAAAUCAAAGUCAAGAUGGCAUCGACGUUAACGAACAAAACCAUGCUGGACCGCUACAUGCGGUUGCCCAUCCCAGACGAGAAGUGCCAAGUCAUGUACGUCUGGAUUGACGGUAGUGGCGAGGGCCUGAGGUCCAAGACCAGGACUGUCAACUUCAUUCCUAAGACACCAUCAGAGCUCCCCAUCUGGAACUUUGAUGGAUCUUCCACUGGACAAGCUGAAGGAAGCAAUAGUGACGUAUACCUUCACCCCGUUGCCCUCUACAAAGAUCCCUUCCGCCUCGGCAACAACAAGCUCGUCAUGUGUGAAACUUACAAGCAUAACAAGAAACCGACUGAGACCAACCAUCGCCACAAAUGCCUCGAUGCCAUGAACCGAGCUCGUGACCAACAUCCCUGGUUCGGCAUGGAGCAAGAGUACACCCUCCUCGAUAUAGACAACCAUCCGUUCGGGUGGCCGAAGAACGGCUUCCCUGGACCUCAGGGGCCAUAUUACUGUGGAGUUGGGGCGACCCGAGUCUUCGGUCGAGACAUUGUUGAAGCUCACUACCGCGCCUGCUUGUACUCUGGCAUUAACAUUUCCGGAGAAAACGCCGAAGUCAUGCCUGCACAGUGGGAAUUCCAAGUAGGGCCUUGUGAAGGUAUCGCUAUGGGUGACGAUCUCUGGAUGGCGCGGUAUUUCUUGCACAGAGUUGCCGAAGAUUUCAACGUAGUGGUAUCCCUGGAUCCCAAGCCCAUUCCCGGGGACUGGAAUGGUGCUGGCAUGCACAGCAACUUCUCUACCAAAACCAUGAGAGAACCCAACGGUAUCGUGGAGAUCGAGAAGGCCAUUGACAAGCUAUCGAGACACCAUAUUCGUCACAUCAAGGCAUACGAUCCAAAGGAAGGAAAAGACAACGAGAGGCGUCUCACCGGACUUCACGAGACCUCUUCAAUCCACGAUUUCUCUGCCGGGGUUGCCAACAGAGGCUGCUCCAUCAGGAUACCCAGGGAGUGCGCUGAAACGAAGAUGGGAUACUUGGAAGACAGGCGACCUUCGUCCAACGCUGACCCCUACAUGGUGUCUGAAGUUCUCGUCAGGACCAUUUGUCUGGACGAAUAGACAUCGUGUCGGAAAAGCAGGAAGAUGCCGUUAGUUUAGCAGGAGAAAAUACAUGUCCUUAAAUUACAGUACCCAAGAUGCAUUUCGUUGGUGAAUGAACAUGAAAUACUUUCAGGCAUGAUGACGAAGGUAGAAAUUUGUCCAUAAUGAAUGCGAAGGCGCCGCUUGGUAGCUAAUGACGCGUAUUAUUUCUUGAAGCGGUUAGGCCUGCGAUGCACGAACUACAAAUGUUGAGCCAAUCGGCCAGAGUUUAGUUUGAUAAGAUUUAUAUCUUGUAAUUUUAAAUUUGAACGGAAGAGAGUUGACGUUUAUUAAUUAUAAAACUAUUGCGAACACAAGUGUGUGAGAUUGGGUGCCAGCACCCCUAGAUCCGAAUGUACUGACUCGCCCAAUUAAUAUAGAUUACUGGCCUCUAAAUAUUAUGGAUAUUGUUAUCUGUUAAUUAUGUCAUUUGAUCCAUUAACUGUCUGAAGAUUUAUACUCAGAUUUGUGUUUCCAAUCAUUGACUGGUUUCCGUAAAUUUUAGAGUAGCCUUUUUUUCUAUACACUGCAAGUUUAGCUUUGAAUUGUUUUUCUCUGAAUCAUAGACGAUUCUUCAAAAUAUUGUUUGUAAGGCUCGUAGUAUUGGACUGGUUGACAGUUUCUGACACGGAUGGGAACCUGAAGAUUAAUUUUAUCGUCUGAUAAGUUUUAUUUAAACAUUAUUACCAUACCAUUAAUUUGAAUUUUAAAAAACAAUAGCCGUAAGCUCGUGACGCUGAUUAUUUAUCAAGCACACUUUUAAAUUUUUUUAUUCCAGCAUUAUACCUGAAGUAUUAUUCCAGAUUGAUAUUUUUGCCACGUUAUAUGCCUGUGCAAAGGGUUGAUUAGAGAGCGAUAAUUAUACAAAAGCAUUAAUUAUUCGAUUUCCUAGGACUCUGAAUUUCUUCUAAUGGUAACCUCUGAAUUUUGGUCCCCAACCCUGAAGCGCAUCAAACUCUAUUCUGUAUUGCGCGCAAAAUAUUCCAAGUUAACUUGUGUACACAAAGUGUCUCGAGUAUCAGGAACUUCCUGAAAUCCUUGAUUACGUGGAAGAAGCAAACGCACAACCUUUCUAGUUACGUCCAUUUCGCAGCCGAGUUAUUGUUAAAUUAUUCAAUUUCAUUUUUGUACUAUCGGUUCCCAUUGCCAGAUCUGAGAUGAACUUUCCAGACUCGUCCAGUCUAAAUUGUUACGUGAACUGAAAUACUUCUGUGCCGCACUGCUGCCGUCUGUCUGUAGUCUCUUGUACGAUUGUGUUAGUGCACCUGUGAUGAUGUACACUAAUUAUAACAGAGUGAACGACAAAUUCUCUAGCAUUUUUACUGAAUAAUGAAAAGACUUUAAAUCUAUCUAAAUGUGAACCACAA